AUGUCAUACAGCAAGCAGCCUUCUGAGUUCCAGCCCAGGAAAAUCGGUGCUUUGCAUACGAACGAGUUCCGAUGCUAUAUUGAGAAAGAUGGCACCCCUCUCUCUCCCUUCCAUGACAUUCCUCUCUAUGCCAAUGAGCAGCAAACCAUUUUGAACAUGAUCGUCGAGAUUCCAAGAUGGUCCAACGCAAAGCUUGAGAUCUCCAAAGACGAGUUUCUGAACCCCAUCAAGCAGGACGUCAAGAAAGGCAAGCUCAGAUUCGUUCGCAACUGCUUCCCUCACAAAGGUUACCUCUGGAACUACGGUGCUUUCCCCAGAACCUGGGAAGACCCGAAUGUCGUCCACCCCGAGACCAAGGCCAAGGGCGACAACGACCCGUUAGAUGUCUGCGAAAUUGGUGAACUGGUUGGCUAUACCGGUCAGGUCAAGCAAGUCAAGGUGCUCGGUGUCAUGGCAUUGCUCGACGAGGAAGAGACCGACUGGAAGAUCAUAGUCAUUGAUGUCAACGAUCCUCUUGCGCCCAAGCUGAACGACAUUGAAGAUGUUGAGCGUCAUCUUCCAGGCCUUCUCCGCGCAACGAACGAAUGGUUCCGAAUCUACAAGAUCCCAGAUGGCAAGCCGGAGAACCAGUUCGCCUUCAGUGGUGAAUGCAAGAACAAGAAGUAUGCCGAAGAGAUCAUCCGCGAAUGUAGCGAUGCCUGGGAGCGUUUGGUCACCGGCAAGCAACAGCGUGGCGAUAUCAAUCUGGCAAACGUCACAAAUCAGGCCUCACCAGACCGUGUCGACCAAUCUCAGGUGUCCAAGAUUCCCCCAGGACAGAGUCUUGCACCUGCGCCUAUCGACGGCAGCGUCGACAAGUGGUUCUUCAUCUCUGGUGCGGCAGUCUAA